AUGUUUAACCGGAAUAACUCCGUCUUCUUAUUCUUCUCCUUCAAUUUGUGCCUAGUUUUUGCACUGCACAAUGCCUCAAGCCACAAUGAGAGAAAGCCAUACGUUGUGUAUAUGGGAGCAUUGCCGGCGGGAGGAUCCAAGGUUUCUUUGUCGGCUGUGCACCACAACAUUCUGUCCCAGGCAAUUGGAGAUGAGAGAAUAGCAGUACAGUCCAAGAUUCAUAGCUAUGGAAGAAGCUUUAAUGCUUUCGCAGCAUGGCUGCUGCCCCAUGAAGCCAAAACAUUAUCCGAAAGAAGGGGAGUUGUAUCAGUGUUUCUGAGCAUUAAACGAAAACUUCAUACCACACAUUCAUGGGAUUUCUUAGGAAUGCCAACAGCUGUGAAAAGAAAUUUCCAAAUAGAAAGAGAUAUCAUUGUAGGCGUCAUCGAUACUGGAAUAUAUGUUGACAUACCAAGCUUCAAUGAUAAGGGAAUUGGUCCUCCUCCUACAAAAUGGAAGGGUAGAUGUCAAACCGGGUUAAAUUUUACUGGGUGUAAUAAUAAAGUUAUUGGUGCCCAAGCCUUCAACUUACUCGACAACAAUAACCAGUCGAGUUCUCCGGCGGACUUCGAAGGCCACGGCACGCACACUGCUUCCACCGUCGCCGGCUCACUGCACGGAGGCGCAAGCCUUUACGGGCUGCUCAACGGUACAGCCCGCGGCGGAGUACCGGCAGCGCGGAUAGCUAUGUACAGGGCAUGCAACGAGGGCGGGUGUGCGGACGUGGACAUCCUCGCGGCGUUCGACGCCGCCAUUGCCGACGGCGUGGACAUAUUGUCGGUCUCCAUAGGCGGCUCCCCGGCGUCCUACAACGAGGAUCCGAUCGCAAUCGGCUCCUUCCAUGCCAUGCAGAAGGGCAUAUUGACUUCUUGCUCGGCCGGAAACGGGGGAGAUCGAGGGGUUGGACCGACGGUAACAAAUGUCGCGCCAUGGAUCUUCACGGUGGCCGCCGCUUCAACUGAUCGACACUUGGUGACUGAAGUUGAAUUGGGUGAUGGACGAAAAUUCUCUGGAAUUUCUGUCAACAUAUUUAACAGCAGUUCAUUUCCACUCACAAGUGGAACACUAGCAAGCUUAUUACAUAACGGUUCAGGCCGAUAUUGUGGAGAGGGUACACUUGACGAAAGUAAGGUGAAAGGAAAAAUUUUGUAUUGCUUAACUCAAAACCGACAAGAUUAUAUUAUAGAGAAGAUGGGUGGAAAAGGAAUUAUCAUUUCUGAUCAAAGUCCUCGGCAAUUUGCAUUUCCCUUUAUAAUACCAGCUAGUAUUGUCAAAUUCCCAGAAAUUGGUGAUAAAAUUGAAGCAUAUAUCAACUCUACUAGACAACCAACGGCAGUGAUUCACCCAACAAAAAGUGUCAAGGUCAAUGGGUCAUUCAUGGCUUCCUUUUCAUCAAGAGGACCCCAAUUUAUAGCCCCCAAUCUCCUAAAGCCUGAUAUCACAGCGCCAGGGUUGAACAUAUUGGCUGGAUUUUCACCUUUGAUUUCUAUAAGUGGUGAGAUAGAUGAUACAAGAACCUCGGUCUACAACAUUUUGUCAGGAACAUCCAUGGCUUGUCCGCAUGUUUCAGCUUCAGCUGCCUAUGUUACGUCUUUCCAUUCUGAUUGGUCACCUGCCGCAAUCAAGUCAGCCUUGAUGACUACAGCAAAACCGCUAGGGGUGAAGGACGUAGAUGUGGAGCUAGCAUAUGGAGCGGGGAUGAUUGACCCGAUAGCAGCCACAAAUCCCGGCCUGGUUUUCGACAUUGAUGAAGCUGCCUACAUAAACUUCCUCUGCAAAAUUGGAUACAAUAGUUCCAACUUACGACAAAUCACGGGUAACACAACCAAAGACUGCUCGAGAAUUUCUGGAGCAGUUGGAGAAGACGGACUCAACUAUCCCACUAUCAAUUUAAACUUGAAUACCGUUUCUAACAAUCCCAAGAUUGAUGGAGUGUUUCAUCGUACUGUCACCAACGUUGGGGAAGUGACGUCGGUAGUUUACAAGGCGACAAUCGAAGCACCAAAGGGUCUCUCUAUUGAGGUUUCUCCCAGUGUUUUGUCAUUCGACAGUAAGAACCAGAAGAAAUCUUUUCAGGUUUCUUUGACAGGAAACUACCCAGAUGAAGAGACAAUGCACUUGUCUGGGUCUAUAAUUUGGAGUGAUUCUAUACACAACGUGAGAAUCCCCGUACUUGUAUCAAGGCCUGCAGGGAGUACGGGACAAUGA